AUGGCAUUUACUAUCGAAGCCAGCGUGGACCCUCAAGUUUAUGUCUCAGAGAAGGAAGAGCAGAAUGUGUAUGUUCCUGAGAACUACCAUAUCCCUGAUGGCACUACCCCCAAUCUCGAGACAUACAUGUACUAUGCCAAGAUUCAACGUGAUAAGGAGGCCCUAUCUGCAAAGAAUGAUACUGAAGGUGGCCUUUGGACCAACUCUGAUGGGAAGAACGUAACUCCUCCCUCAGAUGAGGGGGGCAGCCGCUCUAGUCACCGCAGACGAGUACUGUGCUGCUUUGGGGGCUCUUAG